AUGCCCACAGACGCCGACACCUUGGUCGAAAUGGGAUUCCCUCUUCACAGAGCACAAAGAGCUCUUGCUAAGACAGGCUAUAAAGGUGUACAACUGGCAAUGGAUUGGCUGUUUGCACAUGAUGGCGACCCUGACAUAGACGAACCAUUUGAAGCACCUAAAGGUCACAUACUCAGUGAAGAACCUUCCAGUGACUCUGCAGCAGUGGCAAGUGAAGCCACUCCAGAUGAAGCUGUAGACAAUGGAGAUGGUGAAACAGUUUUGCAGGCAAAGUCAUUGAAAUGUGAUGAAUGUGGGAAAAUCCUGAGGAAUGAGAUGGAAGUUCAGACCCACGCGGCCAGAACACAGCAUGCAAGCUUCUCGGAGAGUACAGAGGAAAUUAAGCCACUCACAGAGGAAGAGAAGAAAGAGCAGAUGGCAAA